UUUCGAUUAGAUAUAAACCGAGUUUUCUAAUAUACUAACGUUGCCCUAUUAUCUCUAGUUCACGGUUACGUUCUAGAGAUACCUAACGUAUAUUCCGUAAAUCGUUACAUUCGCGUAUUCUAAUGUGGAACUGAAGUUCGAAUUUUAAGCAUUAAGUAUGGGUGCUAAAGUGUCCCGAACGGAUUUUGAGUGGGUCUACACCGAGGAGCCUCAUGCCAGCCGCCGGAAAAUUAUUUUAGAAAAAUAUCCGCAAAUCAAGCAGCUCUUCGGCUACGACCCCAACUUCAAAUGGGUGGUGACCGGCAUGGUGCUAGUUCAGCUUAUAACUCUACCCUUCAUCCAGUACCUCAGCUGGCCCAUGCUCAUCGUCGUAGCCUACUGCUUCGGGGGAGUUAUUAACCAUUCUCUAAUGUUAGCAAUCCACGAAAUAGCCCACAACCUAGCCUUCGGCCACGCUCGGCCGAUGGCGAACCGACUGUUCGGGUUUUUCGCCAAUCUGCCCGUCGGCGUGCCGGCCUCCAUCAGCUUUAAGAAGUACCACUUGGAGCAUCACAGGUACCAAGGCAUAGAAACCAUAGACACAGACCUUCCCACGCUCGUCGAAGCGAAACUCUUCAACACCACCUUCGGCAAGUUCAUCUGGCUGAUACUCCAGCCCCUCUUCUACAUGGUGCGGCCGCUGGUGGUCCGCCCGAAGCCCCCAGAGCCUCUGGAACUGGUCAACGUGAUCAUACAGCUGUUCUUUGACGCCUGCGUGGUGCAACUUUUCGGAUGGAAAGCGUUGUGGUACCUCAUCAUUGGAUCCCUACUGGCGAUGGGUGUUCAUCCAGUAGCAGGACACUUCGUGUCAGAGCACUACAUGUUCAAGAAAGGUUUCGAGACGUACUCGUACUACGGUGCGCUAAAUUUCAUCACGUUCAACGUUGGGUACCACAUGGAGCACCACGACUUCCCGGCGGUACCAGGCAGUAGGCUACCGGAGGUAAAACGCAUCGCCGGCGAAUUCUACGAUGAUCUACCACAACACCACAGCUGGGUGUCCGUGCUAUACGACUUCGUUAUGGACCCUGACAUCGGGCCCUACGCGAGGAUCAAGCGCAAGGAGCGCGGGUUGGAGAGUUAAGCUCUUUUCUACAGAGCCCAGCUCUUUUAUACAGAGUUCAGCUCUUGACUUACCAGCAAAAUUUUUGGCAAAGGAAAUUAUUGUAU